UUGCCGGCUGCCUGGGGAGGCGCAGCCGCCUCUCUCUCCUCCUUCUUCCCCUCAGCUGUGCGCGAGCGAUUAGCCAAAGGACGAGGGCGACGGAGGAGCCAUUUUGUGAGGGGCCCCUUCUUCCUGGGGCGAAGGAGGAGGAUGGGUCUGGCCUUUGGGCGCCACGGCGGCGUCCCCUGGGCAGCGAAGGAGGAGGAAGAGGAGGAGGAGGAGGCGGCUCAGUGCUGCCUCUGCUGAGGCAGGAGGAGGAGGAGUGUGUUUGUGUGGGUUGUGUUGUUUGCGUGUGUCUCUCGCCCAACAUGGCCGGCCAGCCCCAGAAGCAGAAGCAGGGGCACACCAAUGGACUCAGCAAGGCCCUGGCAGCAGCCCCUUCCAGGAAACUGGUCAUCAAGAACUUCAGAGAGAGACCCACGUUGCCUGAUAAUUACACUCAGGAGACAUGGCAGAAACUUCAUGAAGCAGUCAGAGCAAUUCAGAGUAGUACAUAUAUUAAAUAUAAUCUUGAAGAACUUUACCAAGCUGUCGAAAAUGUCUGUUCUUACAAAGCAUCGCCUACACUAUACCGACAGUUAAGACAAGUUUGUGAAGAUCAUGUGAAAGCACAAAUACUUCUAUUUAGGGAAGAUUCUCUUGAUAGUAUUCUAUUUUUGAAGAAAAUAAAUAAAUGCUGGCAAGAUCACUGCAGGCAAAUGAUCAUGAUUAGAAGCAUUUUUCUGUUUUUGGAUCGUACUUACAUACUUCAGAAUUCAAUGCUGCCAUCUAUUUGGGAUAUGGGACUAGAACUUUUCAGAAUCCAUAUUAUUAGUGAUAAGCUAGUUCAGACUAAAACUAUUGAUGGAAUUUUAUUGUUGAUUGAACGAGAACGGAAUGGUGAAGCUGUGGAUAGAAGCUUGUUGCGAAGUCUGUUAAGUAUGCUGUCUGAUUUGCAAGUUUACAAAGACUCAUUUGAACAAAGAUUUUUGGAAGAUACAAAUCGUUUAUAUACUGCAGAAGGCCAAAGAUUAAUGCAAGAAAGAGAGAUUCCAGAAUAUCUUCACCACAUUAACAAACGUUUAGAAGAAGAAGCAGAUAGGGUGCUAACAUAUUUAGACCAUGGGACACAGAAGCCACUUAUUGCUUGUGUGGAGAGGCAGCUGUUAGGAGAACAUUUAACAGCUAUUUUGCAAAAAGGACUUGAUAAUCUGCUUGAUGAAAACAGAAUAGCAGAUCUGACUCAAAUGUGUCAGCUUUUCAGCCGUGUAAAAGGUGGUCAACAGCUACUUCUGCAGUACUGGAGUGAAUACAUCAAGAACUUUGGGACAACAAUAGUGGUAAAUCCUGAAAAAGACAAGGAUAUGGUGCAAGAGCUGCUAGAUUUUAAGGACAAAGUGGAUCAUAUCAUAGAAGUGUGUUUUCAGAAAAAUGAGAAAUGUAUAAACUUGAUGAAGGAAUCUUUUGAAACAUUUAUCAACAAGAGACCAAAUAAACCAGCAGAACUGAUAGCAAAGCAUGUGGAUUCAAAGCUGAGAGCUGGCAAUAAAGAGGCAACCGAUGAAGAACUAGAAAGAAUCCUUGACAAAAUAAUGAUAGUAUUUAGAUUUAUCCAUGGUAAAGAUGUAUUUGAAGCAUUUUAUAAAAAAGACUUGGCCAAAAGGCUUCUGGUUGGAAAAAGUGCAUCAGUAGAUGCUGAAAAGUCUAUGCUAUCUAAGCUUAAGCAUGAAUGUGGUGCUGCUUUCACUAGUAAACUAGAAGGAAUGUUCAAGGAUAUGGAACUUUCCAAAGACAUUAUGGUUCAGUUUAAACAGUAUAUGCAGAAUCAAAGUGACCCAGGGAAUAUAGACUUAACAGUAAAUAUACUUACAAUGGGAUACUCAACUUAUACACCCAUGGAUGUCCUUUUGCCUCCAGAGAUGGUCAAACUGCAAGAAGUAUUUAAAACAUUUUAUCUUGGAAAGCACAGUGGUCGAAAGCUACAGUGGCAGACAAGCUUAGGACAUGCAGUCUUGAAAGGAGAGUUUAAAGAGGGGAAAAAGGAGUUUCAGGUAUCACUUUUCCAAACAUUAGUGCUUCUGAUGUUCAAUGAGGGGGAUGAGUUCAGUUUUGAAGAAAUUAAAAUGGCCACUGAUAUAGAGGAAAGUGAAUUAAAAAGGACCUUGCAGUCUCUGGCGUGUGGUAAAGCAAGAGUACUGAAUAAAAAUCCAAGAGGCAAGGAUGUAGAAGAUGGAGACAAAUUCACCUUUAAUUCCGAUUUUAAGCAUAAAUUGUUCAGAAUAAAGAUCAAUCAAAUCCAGAUGAAGGAAACAGUUGAAGAACAAGUCAACACAACUGAAAGAGUGUUUCAAGACAGACAGUAUCAGAUUGAUGCUGCCAUAGUUCGUAUAAUGAAGAUGAGGAAAACCCUUGGGCACAAUCUUCUUGUUUCAGAGUUGUAUAAUCAGCUAAAAUUUCCAGUAAAGCCUGGAGAUUUGAAAAAGCGGAUUGAAUCUCUCAUAGACAGAGAAUAUAUGGAAAGAGACAAAGAUAACCCUAAUCAGUAUCACUACGUUGCAUGAUAAGGAAGAAACUUUUAAAAUGAAACGAAUGGACACUAGUUUCUCAACAAUGAAUACCUGAGAUAUUCCCAAACCUUACGUUUAUCUGAUUUGGGAAUUAUGUUAGUUGAUCAACUGCAUGCACUGCUGAUACUUAAAACAUCCUUGCAUAGACUAUAUGGUGUGUUUUUUUAAAAAAAAACACUUCAUUUUUAGCUUCUUGAUUUCUUUGGGAAUUCUGUUCAAACUUUAUUUUGAGUGAAUGGUAACAGUCCUCUACGCUGUAAUUCUUUGACCUGAAGAAGUUAGGAUGAUUUUGUGCGUCUGACUACACUUCAUAAAAUUUCUUUGUGCUGUAUUCUUUAGCUUCAAGGAUUAUAUGACAUUCUGUUUUAAACUCAGUGGAAGAACAAUCAGUGGUCUCAGAGUACACUGAAUUUCAACUAUGCACAAUGGCUUCUAGUAUUUCUACUUGUUUUAUUAUUUCACAUCUUUCUAAACUUUAUCUUCGUUGCGAUAGAUUGAAGUGCCAAGGGGAUGACUGCAGAUAAACAUCUAGAGUUAAAUAUUCAAAAUACUUAUUGGUGAUGUUUUUCUUCUUCUUGGCACCAUGACAGUGAAUCAAAUAAGCACUUUUUUAUUGCAAGAUACGUGUUUAUAACCAUUCAGUAAAAUAACAGGAUAAUCUAGUUUUGCUUUAAGACUUGCACACAGGCUAAUUACACUGGCAUGUUCUGAGAACAUCUCAAAGUAGUUUUAAAGGCUUUAUAGCCAUGUUGUAAGAUCAUAUGUGACAAUCCAGUCAUUCUCCAGAUACCUCAUAUUUGCAGAGAAGAACUGGAUUGUUCCCGUGUCUUUUGUCUUGAUAGAGUUUGAAAGUAUUGAAUUUGACAGAACUUUGGAGAAAGAAAUCUAUAUAAACUGAUACUUGUAACUGCUGGUUUUACAGGAUAUGCAAAAUGGUAUAUGUUUAAAAGAAAUCAAAAGGGGUAGGGUUAUCCUUUGUGUCAUUUAAUGUUAGUAAUAUUUUUAUUAAAAGUAUUUGCAUAAAAUUACCGUAGUAACCUGGUUAAUUAUAUAAAGAAGUUUCCUUGUAAUAUUUUUACUUCAACAGAUUAAAAUACCUUCAUUAACUGUCAGUAAUUGUUGCAUUUAUUUUCCCUUCCAUUUCCUUGUCAUAUGUAAAAACUUAAGUUGAAGCCAGUGCAAAAUGUUGUAUAAUAUAGAUCUUUUAAUUUUGUUUACAGCAAAUCUUAUGUUAACUUCUUUUUUGCAGUUUAUAAAGAGAGAGAGAAUAAAGAGAAAAAAGGGAGACAAGAAGAGAAAAGAAGAAAACAGACCUCUGCCUGCCCAAUCCUAACUGUAAUGAAAAGAUAAAUAAAAAGGAACAUAUUAUUCUA